GAAAGUGGUGGGGACAACCUGAGUGCAUGACAGUGGAAGGGAAAGCCAGCAGUUUUCCUUACUAUGGCUGGAACAAAGGCGCUUUUGAUGCUGGAAAACUUCAUAGAUGGAAAAUUUUUGCCUUGUAACUCCUAUAUAGAUUCUUAUGACCCAUCAACAGGGGAAGUGUACUGCAAAGUACCAAACAGUGGGGAAGAAGAGAUCCAGGCCGCGGUGGAGGCCGCCCGAAAAGCCUUUCCCGGCUGGUCUUCCCAGAGCCCCCAGGAGCGCUCGCGGGUCUUGCACCAGGUGGCAGAUGUGCUGGAGCAAUCCCUGGAGGAACUGGCUCAGGCGGAAUCCAAAGACCAAGGGAAAACCUUAGCACUGGCAAGAACCAUGGACAUUCCCCGGUCAGUACAGAACUUCCGGUUCUUCGCUUCUUCCAUCCUGCACCACACGUCAGAGUGUACACAGAUGGACCACCUGGGCUGUCUGCACUACACGGUACAGACACCCGUGGGAAUAGCUGGUCUGAUCAGCCCUUGGAAUUUGCCACUCUACUUGCUGACCUGGAAGAUAGCUCCGGCCAUUGCUGUGGGGAACACUGUGAUAGCCAAGCCUAGCGAGAUGACUUCAGUGACUGCAUGGAUGUUGUGUAAACUCCUGGAUAAAGCAGGUGUUCCUCCAGGUGUGGUCAAUAUUGUGUUUGGAACAGGGCCCAGGGUAGGUGAGGCCCUGGUGUCCCAUCCGGAGGUUCCCCUGAUCUCCUUCACCGGGAGCCAGUCCACAGCCACGCGGAUCACCCAGCUGAGUGCUCCCCACUGCAAGAAGCUCUCCCUGGAGCUGGGGGGUAAGAAUCCCGCCAUUAUCUUUGAGGAUGCCAACCUGGAGGAGUGUAUUCCAACAACUGUCAGGUCCAGCUUUGCCAACCAGGGUGAAAUCUGCCUCUGUACCAGCAGAAUUUUUGUCCAGAAGAGCAUCUAUAGUGAAUUCCUAAAGAGAUUUGUAGAAGCUACCAGAAAGUGGAAAGUUGGCAUUCCCUCUGAUCCCUUGGCCAGCAUGGGCGCUCUGAUCAGUAAAGCACAUUUGGAGAAAGUCAGAAAUUACAUCAAGAAAGCUCUUGCCGAAGGCGCCCAUAUCCAGUGUGGCGAGGGAGUGGAUAAGCUGAGCCUUCCCGCCAGGAAUCAGGCAGGCUACUUUAUGCUUCCCACUGUUAUAACAGACAUUAAGGAUGAAUCCUGCUGCAUGAAGGAAGAGAUAUUUGGUCCAGUGACCUGUGUCGUCCCCUUUGAUAGCGAAGAGGAAGUGAUUAGAAGAGCUAACGACGUUAAAUAUGGACUGGCAGCGACAGUGUGGUCAAGCAACGUUGGUCGCAUCCACCGAGUAGCUAAGAAGCUACAGUCGGGCUUGGUCUGGACCAACUGCUGGCUCAUCAGGGAGCUGAACCUGCCUUUCGGGGGAAUGAAGAGUUCUGGGAUAGGUAGAGAAGGAGUCAAGGACUCUUAUGACUUCUUCACUGAAAUCAAAACCAUCACCGUUAAAUAUUGAUCUUUGCCAAUGGUGAGGCGGUUACAGUCAAUGCCUGUCUGCAGAGUUCAGUUGCCCAGUGUGGCAAACAGAAAUGGUGGCAUGAAUUCCAGUCAUGUCUUACCUUGACAGGUUAUCUCUAGAGGAUUCUUGGUUGUUCAUAAUUUUACCUGCUGGUGAAGGGAAGCUAUCGAUUUUCAGUGUGGAUUCAGAGAAGAAAAGACGUUUAAAUAGAUGA